AUGAAAUUGGCCUGCAAACUAAAUGAGGGUGGGAGAAUCUCGAGAGUUGAUAGGCUGAAGUUGCUUCCAUUGCUACCUAUGCAGUGCCGUUGGUCUCUUGAUGGUACCAAUGAACAGGUGCAGCAGGCAAAAUAUUCAUCAACAAAAGCUGCUGUAAAGGGGCCCCGUAUUAAGAAAUUCUCUAUAUACCGGUGGAAUCCUGCUACACCUGAGGUUAAGCCACAUUUGCAGCAUUUUGAAAUUGAUCUCACUUGUUGUGGACGGAUGGUGUUGGAUGCCUUGAUGAAGAUUAAGAAUGAAUGUGAUGGUUCCCUCACAUUUCGUAGAUCAUGUCGUGAGGGGAUAUGUGGGUCAUGUGGAAUGAAUAUCAAUGGGAGAAACCAGUUAGCAUGCCUCAGUUUCAUUGAUCAGAACUUAAAAAAGCCGACCAUAAUAUAUCCUCUUCCACACAUGUAUGUCGUUAAAGAUCUUGUGGUUGACAUGAACCAUUUCUUUAAACAAUACGCUUACAUAGAGCCAUGGCUAAUGAGGAAAGAAGAUGAACACACAUACUGUGGUAUACCAUAUUUGCAGUCUCAACGAGAUGCUAAAAAAAUGGAGAAUCUCUAUGAAUGCAUUUUGUGUGCCUGUUGCUCUACGUCAUGUCCUUCGUACUGGUGGAAUGGCACUAAAUUUCUGGGACCAGCAGCACUCCUGCACGCAUAUAGAUGGAUAAUUGAUUCACGUGAUGAAUACAGUGAACACCGAAUGAGAAAAAUUAAUGACAAUUAUUCUGUUUUUCGAUGUCACACGAUCAUGAACUGUACUGUUGCAUGCCCUAAGCACCUGAAUCCUGGCAAAGCAAUAGCUGAAAUCAAAAAACUUCUAGUUGGACUCAGCAAGAAGGAGGAAGCAGAUAUGCCCCCAGCAAAACUGCGUAAGGAGUAA